UGCAACCUUAAACGUAUUAACUACAUUCAGUAGAUCAUUGUUGUCGAGAUUCAUUGUGUUAAGUUGAUAAUUAUAAGUGCAUUUCAGGCAACUGAUUUUCUGUUCAAGUUAAAAGAGGCAAGCGAUCAAAAUGGGUAAAGGUUUCAACAAUUACAUGUGUAAAAAGUUCUUCCAUCCAGCGUCAAGAGACAACUUGAAACGCGUAUGGAUGGCAGAGCAGCAGGCUGAGGCGUACAAGAAAAAGCAAGAAGAGCUGCGAAAUCAGUAUGAAAAAGAGCAAGAUUUGCAUGAAAACAAAGCGAUGCUCAGCAAAGAUAGCAAGGAUAAGCUGAGCAUGAAUUUCAUGUACGAACCACCACCAGGCGUUCGCAAGGAACGUGAAAAGGAUGACAAUGAACCGGAGUACAAAUUCGAAUGGCAACGCAAAUACAAUGCACCACGUGAAAGUUAUUGCAAGGGUGAUACAGAGAUCCGUGAUCAACCGUUUGGUAUUCAAGUGCGAAAUGUACGUUGCAUCAAGUGUCAUAAAUGGGGCCACAUAAACACUGACAAAGAGUGUACAAUGUACAGUAUAUCGAUGAGCGAAGCACGUAAAUUGCAUUCCGAAGCCGAGGCCAGUGAGAUUUUAUCCAAAAACAUGCUGGAGGAACAGAUGAAAGAGGACGGUCUUAUGAUGAAAAAGGGCGCAAUGAGUGCACAAAGUUUUCAAAGUGGCCGUUUGCAUCAAUUUGUGGCCAAAUCAAAUGAAGAUGAUGACGAUGACAAUGACAAUGAAGCCCCGCAAGUAGAAAAAGAGUUCCUGAAAUCGCUCAGCACCAAACAAAAAAAGAAGCUGCUGAAGAAACUAAAAAAGAUUGAGAAAAUGAAACAAAAAUCAGCCAAACGUGGCCUCAAGAAGAAAUCUAAGAAACAUAGCUCGGAAAGUCGUAACAGUUCAUCGUCAUCAUCGUCGACAUCGUCUGAAUCAGGAGACGAGAAGAAGGUUCAAAAAUCAAAAAAAUUCGACAAGAGAGAUGAGAAACACUACAAACCAAGACGACAUUCGAGAUCUCGUUCCCGUUCGCCGAAAGACCGAAAAAUUAGACGCGACAGAGCAUCAAGUCGUGAUCGGUCAGUUUCACCUCGACGCAAUCACAGGCACCGUUCGAGAUCUGCUUCGCGAGAAGCAAGACACCGAAAUCACAGACGAUAGACGGAAAUAUUCAAAUGUGUUCAAUUUGGAUAUUGUUUGCGUUAAGGCGUAUUUCGAUGGGAUUUCUAAUCAUUGUUCAGUUUUAGAUAACACAUAAAUAAAUAAAUAUACAUUUGUCCACGGAA